AUGAAGUUAGGUGUCAAUGAAUUGUCAGUGGGCAUUCAAGAAGCAAGAAAAAAUCAACAAGGUGAAACUGAUGACAACUUCGAACAAGACAAUAACGCAGCUAUCAGUCUGUGGCCAGAACCCAAAGACAGGUCAGAAGAUGAGGACUGGGUGAUUGUGUCCCCUGGAGCUCUUUGUGGCAUGGUGAAGCUGCUUCCCAGGCUCUACAAUGAGGCUUGCCCAGAGUUAUCAUGGGAAAUCCAGUAUGCAGUGGCUGAUCACAUUCAGUCCUUGAUGAAGACAGAGAAGAACCGGCAAGUGGCAUGUGGAGCUGGCCUGUUGGGCACAAUUGUUACCUCCUGCCUAGAUGCAUUGCACAAUGCUACCAAUCCUUUACAUCUGCCCCUGAUCAGACUCUUUGAAAAACUUUCAUCCCAGUCCAUUGAGCCGGAUGUCUUAAGAAAGUUUCUUUGUCUAAGAACAUCAUUGUCUAUAACAUCAGGACUCACUGAAAGCCCAUCCAUAGCACCUCUGAGACACAGAAGCAGCUCAUGUCAAGCAGUUUGGGAUGCAGGUUUACAAGCAACUACAUCGAACAAUUCUGCAGAUCUCCAUGAACCUCCCUUGGGUUCAAACACAUUGUGGCUAUCCAAGAGCUCUGCAACGGCUCUCCAGGCAGCCAUGAGUCUGAUUUCCAUGACAACUCCACGCAGCGUCCAACCACAGAGCAUCUGCUUGGCACCUUCAUUUGUGGAGUUUGAUAUGUCCCUGGAUGGAUAUGGCUGUUUAUUUAUCCCAACAUUGGCUACUGUUCUGGGCUCCAACACUGAAUACUCCAUAUCAGGAGGAAUUGGAAAAGGCAUCAGGUCAUUCCCCCCAUUGGAUGGUCUGACUUUCUCUUCCUGGUUUCUGGCCAGCAAGAUGGCUUCUGAUCACCCUUUACGUUUCCUCACUUUGGUACGUCACAUGUCAAGGACAGAAGAAGAAUACAUUUGCUUUUCAGUAAGCUUUUCUCCCAUGGACAGUUACUUGACUAUCUCCACCGAGGAAGUAGUAUUCCAGACCCUAGACAUUAUGGAACCUGAAGGCCUCAGCCAGUCCUCUGUCCUAUCUCAAGUCCAGUUCAAAUGCGAUGAGCUACACAUGACUGGGCAGUGGCAUCACCUUGCAGUGACUGUGGCAAAAGAAACAAAACGGAUCUGUAUCGUUUCAGCCUAUAUCAAUGGGAAGUUACUUGGGUCUGUGAAGAUGCAGUAUAUCCAGCCCCUUCCAGGUCAUUUUGUUUCCAUGGACCCCUCUUCAUUUGUUGAUGUCUACGGCUAUGUGGCUACACCACGGAUUUGGAAACAGAAAUCUUCUUUGACUUGGCGUCAGGGCCCUGUGUAUUUGUUUGAACAAGUCCUCUCAGUGGAAAUUCUACAACUUAUUAGCCAGCUUGGUCCAAGAUACUGCAGCAACUUUCAAGCUGUGGAGCUUAGAGGAGGAGACUCCAGUAGCAAUGCACAGACCAAAGUCUUUGCAGCACAAGAGAAAAUUUCAUUUGGAAUCAGUGCAAUGAACUCAUCAUAUACUACAGUUAAAAACAUAAAAGACUGCUAUGGUGAAGUGGAUGGACGUCUGAUAGCCAAAGAGUUGGAACUCUCCUCUCGUGAUAGUAUAACACCAGUUUUAAUGACUUGGAAUACUGCUGAAAAACUCCCAGGUCCCUUAAGAACUAUUGGAGCAGUUACUGUGGGUCAAUAUGGAAUCCGAGUAUUCCAGUGCUGUCCAGCGGCCAUCUGUCUGAACUACAUUGGAGGCCCUGCUAUUCUGCUGGGUCUCCUUGCCAUGGCCCAUGAUGACCAUGCAAUGUAUGCUGCUGUCAAAGCUCUGCACUCCGUUCUUAACAGUAGUGCAAUGAGUGAAAAUCUGAUGAGGAGGUUUGGUGGGUACCAGAUCCUGGCAUACCUGCUGAAAAAAAAGAGCCACUUGCUAAAUGGUAGAAUUCUGCAACUCGUCUUUUCUAUUGGCGGCAUUGUUGAGACCAGCUUGGAUUCCUUCACUGUCAAGAAUUUGGAGGCCUUCCAACAUAUUGUCUGCAACUUUGAGCUUUGGUGUCACACACCUGAAAAUCUGGACUUUCCUCUCUUUGCACACCUUACAGAAAUCCUGCAGUCCUCAAGAGAUGGGAGCUGGAAUGUGAAGCUUGCUCAUCAAGUGCAGGUGAUACCCAGGCUUUUUCUUCUCUUCAGUGACCCUGAAGUCACAUGCUCCCGAGUUAGCAAGAUCUGCGCAGUACUCUCCCUCUUGCUACAGGGCCACUUCAGCAUCAAAGAUAUCCUUUGGAUUGGCUUGUUCUUGGUUUAUACUUUACAACCCUGCUCUGUGGAUGAAAAUCAAACCUGCCUUGAUGUCCCAGAAUUCCAGGCAGAUGCCUUAGGCCAAACAUCUGGAAAAAUGAUCUGGCUCCGAAACCAGUUGUUGAAAAUGCUUUUAGAUGUAUUGCAUUCAGACAAACUUCAUCUGUCUUCUGAGAUGCAGGAAGAGGUGUUCCAGGCCCUGGGACCUGACUGGUUCUUGAUGUUCACCCAAGGCCACAUGCAUCCAGCCACUGUUGUACUGGCAGUCAGGUUGCUUCUCCACUUCCUGCACAAUCGUACACUCCUGCACAAAUUCAAAGAGGGAAUGAUGGCUGGCCUCUGGCUUGAAAACAGUUCAGUGGGGCUGAAUAUUUUGAUGGACAAUUUAGAAAGCCACACUCGGAUAUCUGAAUACAGUCCAUACCUGCUGUCUGGAUUUGUGGAGCUGAAGACAUUCCUGAGCAAUUGUACUCAUGUUCCUGAGAUCUACUUCCUUCUGUCAGGACUGUUUCUGGCCACCCCAGUGUCUGAGCCACCAGAUGAUAUCAAGACAGAUCUGGACUCAGUGUUCCAGUGGCUGUUGCAGAACCACCAUACAGAGGCUGUACUCAGAGCUGGGUUGUGUCCAGAGGCAGCAAUUCUGCUGCUGGAGAUGGUGAAGUCCAUGGUGAAGCGGACUCUAGCAGGUACAGAGGAUUCCUGGGAAAUCACCUAUCCAGUGCACAUCAUGCAGUUCUUUUGUCUGGUAUAUCACAGAUACUCCCAAGAUCUCCUUUGGUGCAACUCAGACUUCCUUCAAGCCUUGGCUUUGGUCAUUUUCCCCUCUGUGGUACCCCAGGGCAACUGUGAGGGUGAUUCAUCUCCCGACAGCCUGGCUGCUGCCUCUUGCAGUGAGAGGGGCUGUGCAGACUUGCACCCUGCCAGGAAGCAAGUGUGGGACUUCAUACGCCUCCUUCUGAUGGAAACCUUGCUUGUUGUCUCUGCCCAGAAACAGUGGCACCCUUUGGAACUGCUUCUUGAGGUUUCUGCAGAGAACUCCACCACUGAGCAGAAGAGAUGCUUCCAGACCGAGAUAUUGCUUUCCAUAAUAGAUAUCUUCCAUGUAGCUGGCCAAGAUGAUGGGAAGGCUUCCAUUUUAAGGGGGAAUAGUGAUGCCAAAACUGCUUCAGAGCUGGCUGUGCCUUUGAGUCUAUUGAAUGUUUCCUAUUUUACCCAGAAGCUAACAGAAAAGCUUUGUGCAGGAAUGUUCAUUGCAGACCCUACCAAGAUCAUCCAAUUCCUUGUAGAGCAACUGGUGCUGGUCAUAGAGACGGUUCUCCCCCACAAGGAAUCAGUUAUCAGCAUUCUGUAUAGUAGCUUAAACCGAGCCAUCCUCUACUGCAUGUCCAUUUCCACUUCUGAUCAACAAAGGCUCCUUAAAGUCCUCUGUACUCUUCAACAACAGUGGGAUAUCAUCUUUGCAACACACAAUUCUAGCAUUAAUUUCAUCACCUGCCUAUUGUUCUGCCUUUUCCAGCUGGAGUCCACAAGCUGUCCAAAAGAUCAUGAAGCAAAGUGGAAUUCAACUUCUGAACACCAUAGUUUUCUGACCCCAAAGAAAGAGGAGGAAAUGAAAGAUUAUCUCUCUGCUCCAAAGAAUGUUCAGCAAGACAUCUGGAAGGCAACUGAAGACAUCUGGGACCAGCUUCUCUCUCAGAAGAGAAAGGACCUGGAGGAUACAUACAAAAUGGCUCUCUUUGUAGAUAGAGAAGAUGGAAAUGGGGAAAUGAAGAUGACCAACAUUAGUCCUCUAUGGGAAGAGACCAUGGCAAAGACCUGGCAGCAAUUCCUAGCAUCAGAAAAGAAAAUUCUGCAGAAUAAGAUUUCAGCCCAGACUUCAAACAAGUUAAGUUCCUUGAGUGAAAGCUUCUCUUCAGCAAUGAAACUGACACCCAGCAGAAACAUAAAACAGAUGAAAUGCAAAACUAAGGACUUUGUAUCAUGUUUAGAAAAAUACAGGAGGUGUGGCCAAGAACUCUACGCAGUUUUGUACAAGGACUGUGUUCAGAGGUUACUAUGUGUCUACAAUCAAUCAGCAAAGGCCUGGAUAGAUGUUGAAGAGCAACUUUUUAGGAGAGGAGGCCCCUGGGGAUCUGCAUUAGUCCCUUCUGCCUCGAGAUGGAUUCUAGAUGGGUAUGAAGGCCCUUCCCGGAUGAGGAAGAGAAUUCGGUUCAGAAUCAUCCAUCAUACACUUGUGGCACUGAGAAACAAGGAUCACCAGACACAAGAGAGUGCAUCUGCUCCAGCUCCUGAGGGAAAACAAGAACUGAUGCUAAAUGGAGGAGAAAGAGGAAUGGGUUGUGGUCAGCUGACGUUCUUUCCAACUCUGCAUGAAAGUUUCCAUUCAGAAGACUUAGUCGAUGAUGUGUGCAUGGAGAGGAAAAUCAUUCUGCAAGAGUUUGCUGAGGGUGAAAAGAUUACAUGCAGAGAAUCAGUGGUGAUUGUUCAGGGGCACACAACAUUGGAAGGGGUGCUUCUCUUUGGCCAAGAAUAUUUUUACAUCUGCAAAUAUUUCACUUUGUCCCACUUGGAGGAGGUUUACUGUACAAAGCACAGAUUGUCCAGCAUCAAUGAUUCAUUCAUUCAUAGCUUGUGCUACAAAGACCAGGACAUGGGACAGCCUACAUGCUCCGGCCACUCAUACAAUGACAUUAAAGGGAUUCACCCAAUGCGCUUUCUUCUUCAGGAAGUUGCUUUGGAGGUUUUCUUCAGAAGUGGCUACUCCAUAUUCCUCGUGUUCCACAACAGUGAUAGGACAAAAGCCCUGAAAAGAUUUUGUUCAAUGAAGCCUGUUUUGAAAUCCAAAGGCAUCACAGAAGAUUCCAUUAAUAUAAGGAAUAGUACAGGAGGGGAGAAGACCAUGCUCAUGAAGUGGCAGAGGAGAGAGAUCAGCAACUUUGACUAUCUCAUGUACCUGAACACUCUGGCUGGGCGUACCUACAAUGAUCUCAUGCAGUAUCCAGUUUUCCCAUGGGUUCUUGCCGAUUAUCACUCCCAGACACUGGAUCUGACCAAUCCUAGUAGUUUUCGUGACCUCUCAAAGCCCAUGGGGGCACAGACAACAGAGAGAAAAGAGAAAUUCAUCCAGCGUUACAAAGAAGUAGAGAAGAGUGAAGGCAACCUGUCAGCCCAGUGCCAUUACUGCACUCACUACUCUUCAGCAAUUAUUGUAGCCUCCUACCUGGUCCGCAUAGAACCCUUCAGCCAGAUCCUCCGCUCCUUGCAGGGAGGAGGUUUUGAUGUGGCAGAUAGGAUGUUUCAUAGCAUGAAGAACACCUGGGACUCAGUUUCAAAAGAUAACAUGACUGACGUGAGGGAACUUAUCCCUGAAUUCUUUUACCUGCCUGAAUUCUUAACAAAUUGCAACCAGUUUGAAUUGGGAAGCUUGCAGGAUGGGACUUUGCUGGGUGAUGUGCAGUUGCCACCCUGGGCAGAAGGAAAUCCCCAUAGAUUUAUUAACUUGCACAGACAGGCACUGGAAAGCAAUUAUGUCAGCGCCCAUCUCCAUCAGUGGAUAGAUCUGAUCUUUGGCUACAAGCAAAAUGGUCCAGCUGCAGUGAAGGCUGUGAACAUCUUUCACCCCUAUUUCUAUGGUGAUCAAGUGCACCUGGACAACAUCAGUGACCCACUCAUCAAAAAUACUAUCCUAGGAUUUGUCAGCAACUUUGGACAAAUUCCAAAGCAGCUCUUUACCAAACCACACCCAGCCAGGAAUGCCCUGGGGAAGCAUCCUUCAGGGAGAGAGGGUAUACUGUUCCCUUCUCCGGCUAGUCAGUUGCCUCCACCGCUCAGCAGCCUGCAUAACCUGAAGCUCUCAUCUGUUGCUCUUAAAGAGGAGCUUCAUGGACCUGUCGGCCACAUCGUAUGUACUGAAAAGGGAAUUUUAGCUGUGGGAGAGAACAAAAUUUUGCUUCCCCCUCUGUGGAAUAGAGCCUUUUGCUGGGGAUUCGGUGAUUUUACCUGCUGCCUGGCUGACUAUGGAUCAGACAAGAACCUGGUCACAUUUGAAGCAACCGCUGACUGGGGGGAUUGCCUCUGUGCCGUGUGCCCCACUCCAACAACACUCAUCACCUCUGGAAGCAGCUCUGUGAUGUGCGCCUGGGAGCUCUCUGUGACCAGUGAUGGAGCCACCUGCUUAAAUCUGAAGAAGCCUUUGUAUGGACACACAGAGUCUGUGACCUGCUUGGCUGCCUCCAUGUCCUAUAGCAUCAUUGUGAGUGGAUCCGUUGACAGAUCCUGCAUCAUCUGGGACCUGAACCAGCUGACACAUAUCACCCAGCUUCCUGCUCACGAGGCAUGCCUCUCGGCUGUUGCCAUCAAUGAUUCAACGGGUGACAUUGCCUCAUGUGCUGGAGCAUCCCUACAUCUGUGGAAUGUCAAUGGGCAACCUCUGGCUAGAGUCAGCCCUACUUUCAGCCUUGGAGCAACAAUUUCCUGCUGCUGUUUCACUGAGGUGAUGGACUGGAAUGUUCACAGCCUCAUAGUCACUGGGGACACAGGUGGCAAUGUGCAGGUCUGGAAGCUUCAAAAUACCUCACACCCAUACCAGAAUAUAAGAUCACAGGAAGACUCUCUUAAAUGCAAGGCAAACAAUGGCAACAAGGCUGAAGAACCAUUUGUUCUCUGUCAAGAGCUAGAUCUCAGUGUGACUCCAUCCAAGAGGCCUAGAACAGCCAUUCCAUCUGUCACAGCCUUGGCAGUUUCCAGGAAUUAUUCCAAGCUCCUGAUUGGUGACGAGAAGGGGAAAGUCUACUGUUGGUCAGUGGAUGGAUAAGAAGUAGCAUCAACGGGUCCUUAUUGGCCUAUUUCAACUUAAAGAAAUUUGUAACUAUGCACGUACACAUAGUGCAUGUAUGGUUUGGACAUAACCCGCAUUGGUUGAGCGACAUGAACUGCUUGUGUCAGGCAGGAGCAAAUGCUUUUUGUAAUGCCCAAGUAUUACUUGGGUAAUACUAUUUUAUUUCAGCCCAGGAUACUUAAAAAUGAAGUAUGAGCCCAAAUAUUUCCUCCUCCUUCCAAUCCCAGUCAGCCUUACUGAGAGAUUAAGAGAAUGUAUUUUUAUGUACCAAAACAUGCAGUUUCCUGGAAGCUUUCAGGAACUGUGAUCAGAUCUCGCAAUGUAUUUUUCUUUCAUUAAAAGCAGCCCCACCCCCAUUUGGAUCCAUGGUGAGUGAGGCACUAGAGCGGGGUGUUUAAACACCACCUAAUGGUGCAGCAGGGAAGUCACUUGCCUAGGGAGCAAGAGGUUGCUGGUUCGAAUCCUCCAGACUAUGGGAAACCCCUAUAUCGGGCAGCAGCGCUAUAGGAAGAUGCUGAAAGGCAUCAUUUCAUACAGCGUGGAGAUGGCAAUGGCAAACCCCUCCUGUAUUCCACCAAAGAAAACCACAGGGCUCUGUGGUUGCCAGGAGUCAACACCGACUCAAUGGCACACUUUACCUUCACCUGCAUCUUAAAUUACUGCUUCCCUGAGGCUGGUAUUAGGUACAAUAUGGGUACCUACAUUUUUCUCCUCAGCAGUUAAAAGCAGCUUUUGGAGGGGAGGUGUUUGGAUCAGAACUGCAUCAAGAACUCCCCACCCCCACCCCUGCUGCCAGCACCACAGCUCUGAUCCAAAUUGACCCCCAUCGUGGCUGCUUUAAAUGGAUGAAAAAUACACUGGGAGAUGAAGUCCUGGCUUUCCUGCUCCAUGUGGUAUUUGAUCUGGAGAAUUCUAUCCUCCCCCCCCCACACACACACCCCGCCCCUCGCCAUUCAGAGACCAUUGGUCUGAUGUGUCUUGACUGUGGGGUUUCCUAGAUUUGCUGUGACUCUUUAAGGCUUUUUUGUUUCAAUAUAAAAUAAUAAAAGGUAUAUUCUGCUUAUGCUGCCACCACACACAGGUGUAAUUUCUGGUUUCACUUUUAACAGUACUAAAGUUUGUAUUUGCAAGUGUGAUUCAAGGUUUCAGAGUAUUGAUGCUUAACUUGUUUUAUGUAUAACUUUGAAGCUGGUAUUUGACAACUUGACAGUGGCUGGUGUAUGCUUGGUGUAUUGCUGGUGUGUUUCUUAAAGAUUUCUUAUAAAUCUUUAUAAAGUAUUUAUAGGACUAUGCAUUAUGCUUUUCUGCUGUUAGACCCUUUCUUUCUUUCUUUCUUUCUUUCUUUCUUUCUUUCUUUCUUUCUUUCUUUCUUUCUUUCUUUCUUUCUUUCCUUUACAGACCAAAUUCCCCUUUUCCUCACUCCUCCUUGAAGUAUUGUGAAUAUACCACUCCUCACAAUUCUCCCCUUACAGUACAAGCAGCAUUAAAGGUCUUCAGUUCUUAAUUGGCUUCUUUUUAUUUAUAGAAGUCAUACUGAGAUAUAUAUAUUUAGCUGUAUCACUCCUCAUUGAACUAGGCUAAUUUAUUCCUUUAUAGGUUUAUAGCUCGAAGAGCUUAACUCAGAACCAGCUCUUUUCCCUAAACUGUCUUAUCUUUUUGAGAGUCAGACACCAAAUCUAACUCACCGUCUCAUAAAAACGCGCAACCAUCUUCUCCCAAUAUUCUAUAUUCUUCUUGGGCAACUCAGGGGGUGCUCUACUAACAAGCCAUGACUGCACACCUUAUGGUCCAUUAACCCUUAAAUGACCGAACUCACACUUACCAGGUCUUUAUUAACCAUAAGAUAAAAUAAUAUAAAACUAAUACAAAGCUUAUUCAAGGUUAAAAAAAUACUCAUUUCUCCACAAUGACACAAGUACUUGGGUUACUAAAAUAUUUACUCUUCUACAAUAAAGUUGUAUAUACACUUUGUAUUUCCUGAAA